AUGCCUCGGAAAGCCGUAAGACGCGCUUCUACGACACAAAAGAGUAGCCAAACUAUACAGACACCGACGGCAGAGCCAUGCAACACUAAGCCGUCCGCAUCUGGCUCAGUCACAGAGACUGAAGAAGUUACCUUCUCGAUCGCUUCACUGACGCUCGACACGCCUCUUCGCCCAUUUCAGAAGCGAAAGCCGAAACCUCUCGAGCCGCCCUUCCCGCUUUUGUCGCUGCCGUCCGAGCUACGCAUCAAGAUCUAUGAAUACUUCUUUGCCGACAUCACCGAGGUUUUAGACUUGACGCGAGAGAACCACAAGCGAAUACACAAGAGGCUGGGUCUGAUGCGGACAUGCAGGCUCAUCAGCAACGAGGCGACUCAUUUCUUCUACAGCACGAGAACGUUUCGACUUUUCCCCACGACACCCGGCCGCUUCUUCAAGACUAAGAAGCCUCUGCUGGCCCGUCUUUCUGCCAGACAGCGACGCUGCCUCACCAAGAUUGAGAUGCGCCUCGGGCCAGGCUGGAGCGCGCCGCCUGCGGGCUGGGUCGUCAAUGACGCUCUUGGACUGAAAGAUUGCAUUCACGUCCAUACUCUAGCUGUCUUUGUCGAGGUUGACCCGAGCGACAAUAUCUUUAACAAUUUUCGUCGGGCGGAUGGCUUCUACGAGGAAUUCAGCCGCAAGUUAUUGGCAAACACGCUGGAUGGCCUGCCAUCAGUUCACGCCAUCGAAUUCGAUGCAUACGAAAGUGUGCAGAAGAGGGGCGCCAUGAUGCGAUCUCUCUUCAGCAUCGCCACCAAGUCUGAGAAGGUAAUUACUUGGGGUCCCGAGCGCGGAUGGUUUGGUACGCCCGAGGAUCCGGAGCCGCCUACCAGGAAUGGCGUCCCCAACCGAUACUUGGACAGCAUUCCCAUUACCGGGUUCACAGCGCAAAGCUUUGUUGCUGUCGCAUAA